AUGAAAGCAUUCUCCACUGCAAAUGUAGCCCGGUUGUCUCUGGAGGCAUUAAAACUGAGGCUAGCUACAAUUAACAGUAAAGCUACCAAGACGUUCUGGUCGGUAAAUAGCACAGACUCGUCUUCUGAUCUACAAGUCGACUAUAAACUAAGAAACUUCACAAAAACAUGGCAAUUCUUGAAUGAAGUGGCUGGCCUAGCCCACGAAAUGAGACACCAUCCAACUAUAACCACCACGUACAACAAGGUCCACAUUUUGCUAACGACACAUGAUGUAGGAAACCAUAUCACCGAAAGUGAUACUAGUUUGGCAGACAAAAUCCACGAAAUCUACGGAUCCAAAUAUGAAGUUGAUAAAAAUUGA